AUGCAAGAUUAAGUUGUUAAGCCCAUCUUUUUGUCUGUGAAUUAAUUGACUGAACUAUUCAAUAAUUCUUAACAAGAGACUUCAAUCUUAGAUGAUAACAAUAACUUUUUAUUUCUAACCUAAGAUUCAUUUGUUGACUUUCCUCUUGAGUUCAGUUUUCAGGCUUUACAUAUGAUUAAUUCCCAAAAAACAAUAAAAGACAUUUAAAAUAAAGAGAAACCAAUUAAUAAUGUUUUAGUUAGCAAAGAUGUAUAUUAAUAGAUAAUGUCCAAAAUGGAGCAGAAUAGAAAUCUGAGUGAACAAUAUCAAUAAAUGAUGAGGGAGAACCAAGAAUAAUUAUAAAAACGCAAAAAAUUAGAGGAUUAGAACACCGCAAUAAUCGAUUAAAACUUUUAAAUCAAGAGAGAAAUUUAAGAAAUGAAACAAAAAUUAUUGAUUUGCUAAAGUGCCCUCCCACUAAGAACAGACUAACAAAUAAUUGAAUUAAGAAAUCAAAGUAAAGAGCUCUAAGCAAAAUUAGCAGAAAAGCCAGACACAUAAUAAUUGGCAGUUCUGACUGAAAUUAGCACAGUUGACUCUGACAAAUCAAACUCCUAUUAUUGCAAUACAAGUAGACUAGUAAAAUUGGAUUAAUAGUCUUCUCAACACCAAUCAAAGAAACCCUAUAGAAGCAGAAACAAUUCCUUUGUAAAAAUAGUUAAAAAUUGA